UAUCGAAAUCCAGCCCGCUGAAACCUCAAACCAACACAAAAUGCUCCGUUCGUCCCUACUCGCCUCCGCCUCCGCCAUCAUCGGCCGCCGCGCCGUCUCCACGGCCGCUCCGACUCUGUCAGCGCAGCAGCAGCAGCAUCCACGCAAGCAGAUUGUCACGGAUGUCUUCCCUGACGUGCUCCUGUCGCCCGAGUUUGACAAGAUGCCCGCUCCCCUGCAGCAAGCGCUCAUGCACCACCUUGGCGACCACUCCAUCCGCAUCUCACUCCCGGUGCAGUGGGGCGACAUGGACGCAUUCAACCACGUCAACAAUGUCGUGUACUUUCGAUACUUUGAAACUGCUCGAUUGGCAUUCAUUCAAGCCCUCAAAGACAUUGGCGGACUCGAUCCCAAGUUGUUUGACGAGUUUGCCAACGCUAAGGGUGUGGGCCCAAUCAUUUCUGAGGCGUACUGCCGAUACCGCUCGCCAGUCACGUUCCCCGACAUUCUGACCAUUGGCGUCAAAGUGGGCGCGGAGCAACCCGAUCGAAUUAAGAUGGAGCUCAAAGCUGUCUCGCACGCGCAGCACAAGCUCGCUGCCGAGCACCACGCCACAGCUGUCAUGUUUGAUUAUCGCACAGGAAAGAAGGCCGUUGUUUCCGACGAGCUGCGUCAAGCUCACCAUAAAAUCGCGGCGUGGAGCGACGCUAACCUUGCCAAAGUUGCUGCCAAAUACGCCGCAACUGCCGCAGCAAAGUCACAAUGAGCAGUGAAACGCUGCUGUGAAUCAUGCAUGUGGCUCAUACAGCUGUUUACUUGAUCAAUAAACUGCUUUGCAAAAACAAA